AUAGGUUACCGGCGGUGUACUUACUACUACUAGGUUCAAACGACCAGCAGUAGGACUUGGAGUCCUACUGCUGGUCCAUUAGCCAACUGAAGUGGACUCAUGUGCCAUCUGCAGGUCGAUGGUAGUAACUUGCGGCUCGGAUUCAUUAUUUGUUCGCGUUCAACUCGAACCAUCGCACGAAAUUGAUAUGAGAGCUCUUUCUUGAACCUCAAUCGUUAACGCUACUGCCAAAACUUGGCACUAAAAUUCUCGAAUUCGACAUGUCAAUUUCCGAUGACGGGAGCAGUUUGAGAGAUAUUAUUAUACCAGAUGAUAUCAGUGCCAUCUUCCACAGUGUCUUGAAGACGGCCAAAAUUUGGACUGGACUUCGGGCAUGGUUCGACGCUCGAGGAUACUUCAUUUACCCUUUCAUUACCUCGGAAGACCCUCUCCCAACUGAUCUUUUAAUGUACGAACUUGGGCCUGGACCGGCAAGCUUCCCUUACGCCCAUGUUGGGAGUAAGAAUAUCUUCGAUCGUAUGAGAUUCCAUAAAAUGCCUUCACUGUGGCCGGCAGUGAGCAAAGAGCACCAAGACGUCAUGAUCAAGAUCCUAUCCACCGAAUGCGACGAGGUCGCGAUCCUUAAGUAUCUAAUGUCGGGAUCGCAGCGAUCAGAUCCUUUGAACUUAACUGUACCCAUAUUGGACCUCUUCCGUUUUGACCACCGGUAUUCCUUCGUCGUGAUGCCAAGGUGGGGUCCGGCAUCGUAUCUGGAACAGACCGGCUUCGACUGUCUUGGGACAGCGUUGGAAUAUGGUUUGUGUAUGCUUAAGGCCCUCGCUUUUCUCCACAAGAAUCUUAUCGCGCAUAGAGACAUCAAACCAGAUAACGUAUUGGUUAAUUACUACGAUGAAGAUCCUCGCUUGCUCCUCGACUAUCGUUUGUUUUUCAAAUCCAAACAGACCAAAUUUGUCCUUUGUGACUUCGGCCUAUCUGUUAUGUUCCCUCCCGAUACGCCUCCUUCUGCUCGAGUCUGUCCGGCGGAAGAGAGUACAUGGGGCACGUUUGAAUAUCAUCCACCGGAUGUAGCAAAUGGAGAGGCCGUCUACGACCCAUUCGCCUAUGACGUUGCAUGUAUGGGCGGUGUUCUGUGUCAUGUUAUCGGCGUACGUUAUUCCGUCAUACUUCUACGAGGACAUCAGUUUAUUCACUUCUUUAAAUCUGUAGUAUAUGACGCCUCUUGCUCCACCUCUUGCGCCCUUCCUGGAUGGCAUGAUUAUACAGGAUAUUUCUAGUCGCUACACUGCGGCGGAAGCGUUGGAGGCGUAUAUUCGCAUGAUGGAGAACUUAGACCCUGCAAGUCUGGAGACACCUGCACCGUCGCCCCCACCAUUGCCAGACUACGUGUGGCAAGCUUUUGAUCGUUGGGCCGGACUUCCGGAAGAAUUCGUCAAGGAAUACAGUGCUCAUCGUCCUCCGGUUAGGCCGAGGCGAAAGGUGGCGCAAGUGGAUGGUACAUUUUACUUUGUAGAGUGGAAUUCGCGAUGAGUAGAGUCCGCAUUUGUUCUCCUUGUACACGAUUGGCCAGGGUUUAUCGAUGUAUCUCAGACAAGUUUCCGGCUUUCAUCGAUUGUCUUCGUUAUAUAUUAGUACUGGCUUGUAUUGAACCGGCGUUGAUUGGAGCAGUAACGUAUGAUAUAGGAGUUUCUAGGGCAUCCUGAAGGAAACUUUUUAGAAGUGCUUGCAUUCCUGAUUUUCGUCAAUAUUACGGACUUAUGCCUCAAUGCUGGGUC